UGGCUUUAAAGAGCAGCACCGAGCGCGCGCGUGUGUUGUUCUUGAAGUUAUUUAUGUUCUAACCACAUAAACACUUUUAUCAUUCUGAGUUGCAUUAAAGUAUGGUAGUUACGCUCUCGACUGGCGUUGACUAGAGAGGGAAGUAAAAGGGGGACGAGAAAGGGGGGGCCGGACGGGGAGCUGCACCCGUUGCGAUGGGCAACCGCGGGAUGGAGGAGCUGAUCCCGCUGGUCAACCACCUCCAGGAAGCCCUGGGCACCGUGGGCCAGAGCUGCAGCCUCCACCUGCCGCAGAUCGCCGUGGUGGGCGGCCAGAGCGCGGGCAAGAGCUCCGUGCUGGAAAACUUCGUGGGCAGGAGAAGAGUUGUUUUACUGGCGUCACAAAGGAACUGCCAAAAGCCUCAAAACACAAGUGGUCUGCGGUGCUCAAAAUGCAGAUAA